UGUUUUUGAAGCGCAUAUAAAAUUUUAGCUGAUAAGGACAUUCUGCGUCUGCAGCUCUGCAUCAGCUAAUAAAAGUAAGCUGAUUGAAAAGGUGUUUCUUAUCGUAAUUCCAAAUUUACUGCUUCAAUUGCAAAUACAAAAACGUAUUGCUCAGGUGUAAAAGUGUAGCAUUAGUUCACGUUGAUAUUUGUAUAUAUUUCAUAUUUAAGUUAAAAGUUACUGACCUACAAGCAGCUAGUUUUUACCUCCAAAGUCCAGUCGAAAUUUUCUGUGAAACCCACUACGAACAGAUAGUGACCGAUACGAGGCUGCCGCAAUUGCCAAUUCGCAAGUUAUGAUUAGUAUUUAUCAAAGCUAAGUAGAAAUCGAUUCCAUUAGCUAGUAAUCGGUCGACACACGUGUGAUUUGUAUAUUGUACCUUCCGUAAUCAAGUCUAGUCCUGGUAAAAUACGUACAUAGACGAAAAUGUAUCAAAAACGCUUGAUGCGAAUUAUUUAUCUGCUGAUUUUUAUGAUUGUACUUAUUUUGUUGUACAAGAGUUUUACAAAUUCUCCGGAAACAACAAAUGAAAUACAGCAGGAAGAAGUAACUGGACCAUCGGACGCUCCCGUAUAUGUGAUGGUUUUCUACGAAGCCCUCUGUCCGGAUUCGAAAAAUUUCAUCCUCAAGCAGCUGCAUCCCACCUUUACGCGUGCUCCAAAUAUGAUCGAGAUACAGUUUGUGCCGUACGGAAAAGGCGAGACGCUCAUACAAUCGGACGGGUCGCUAUUCUUCGAGUGCCAGCAUGGCCCCAUCGAGUGUGAAGCGAACAUUAUUCAUGCUUGCGUUGUUGAGGCUGUGCACGAUGCCCGAACGCGACUUAACAUGAUUGCAUGCAUGAUCGAGAACAAUCUCAUUCCGAAGGAUGCAUUCCACCGAUGUGCCAAACAGCACUCCGUAGAAAUCGAAUCCAUUCAGAAGUGUUACGACAGUCCGCACGGUGCGGAAUUGCUCAAGCUGCACGGUUCAGCUACCCACGCCCUGCGACCGGAGGUUUCAUUCAUUCCAACAAUUACACUCGAUGGUCAGCAGGGACGACAGGCUUCCAUCUUAAAGGAUUUGUUCAGCGAGGUGUGCAAGGUGAUCUCAGGACGAGGGCCGAAGCCGGCGGUUUGCGAAUGAUAGCAAAUAGUGCUGUACUCGAUAAAUCGUUUCUUCCGGAACGAACUGUACCACGAGAUACUUCAAUUUCCGGGACGCAUUCAGCGAUCUAUUCUACUGCUUCUGCAGUAACUUUAUUCUAGUUACGUUUUGUGAACGCAACGAAGAUGCCCUCCAGAGACUUUUCCAAAUACAUCGAUUAUUAUGAUUGUUUACAGAUGAUGUAAUAAAUUAUUUGUGUUAUCCAUAGACAGUGUUCUCUAUAUUUUGUGUUGAUCUAGCUAGAGACGCACUUGAACUAAUUGAGAAAAAUGUAUGACAGCACCAUUGCUUAUUUGAAUGGUGAAUCGUAUUAAACCCUAAUCAUGUGGCCGCAAUAUUCAAAGCAUUAGAAUGGUGAUUAAAACAUAGCUCCAAAACCGUGUACCUAGAAAAAUUAAACAUAUGUAGACGUUAGCAUUAAUGAAUGUCUUUAAAAUCCUAAUACAUGCAGCAAUUAACAAUUAACUGAAUAGCUGUGUUUGUAUCUGUCUGAUAGAUGAUUCUAUAUAAAGUAGAAAUUCAUUAUCAUAACUAUGCAUACAUUAUACUUAGCCUGAAAUAA